GCAACUUCAGUCUCCACUAAAAAUCAAAAACCUCCACACUCUCUCUCUCUCAACCAGAUCCGCCGCACACACCAAUGUCUUCUCCGGCGAUUCUCCCCGUCACCAACCAGCAAGCCACUCAAUCCAACACCCCCGCCUUCCGCACAUUCCUCUCCCGCCUCUCCUCCUCCCUCCGCGACAGCCUCUCGCAGCGCCGCCCGUGGCUUGAACUCAUAGAUCGAACCUCAUUCGCCAGACCCGACUCUCUAACCGACUCGAUCUCCCGGAUCCGCAAGAACCUCGCCUACUUCAAGGUCAACUACGCCGCGAUCGUCUCCUUAGUCCUCGCCUUCUCCCUCCUCUCGCACCCCUUCUCGCUCCUCGUCCUCCUCUCUCUCCUCGGCGCGUGGAUGUUCCUCUACCUCUUCAGGUCUUCGGAUCAGCCGCUGGUUAUCUUCGGGCGCGGCUUCUCGGAUCGCGAGACUUUGCUCGGGCUCGUGGUGGCGACGGUCGUGGUUGUGUUUAUGACGAGCGUUGGAUCUUUGUUGACUUCUGCGUUGACCGUUGGAGUGGCGGUUGUUUGCUUGCACGGCGCGUUUAGGGUUCCGGAUGAUUUGUUCUUGGAUGAGCAGGAGCCUGCUAAUGCGGGGCUGCUCUCGUUUAUUGGUAACUCCGCCGCGGCUACUUCGGCUGCUGCUGCUUCCGUUGUCGCGGGACGUGUUUGAGAGCUGAGACGUGGAUUCUUCUUCAUUCAUAGUUGUUGUUAUGUUUUUGAGUAUAGAUUCGAUAUGAAAGCUAUUGUAUUCUUAAGUUUGGUUACAGUUCUGAAACUUUGAGCUGAUGUAAGAUCAGUUUGAUACUCUUGUUGUUCUCGUCAUUACAUGUGUUGUGUUCUUUUUGCAUUUAGGAGGGCUUUUAGAGAUGGA